AUGAGAAAAUUCCCACCAAUAAGCAUUUUACUUGUCUUUCAUCUGUUUUUAGUUCAAUCGAUCGUCUCCGAUUGUGCAUGUUCGUCUAGUUCGGGUUAUUGGUCAGCUUGGUUAAAUGUUGGUGCUUGUGUCCCGAGUUGGGUUUGGCUUCAAACGGGCACUGGAGACGCGUCGACUGCAAACACCACAACGAGAGUACAAGCCAACUUCACUUGUGGCUUCUAUGGACGUCAGAUUCAAGGACGGAUAUGUCUUUCAGCAAAAAGGGGAUGUCCGUGCAGUGGUGACGCUUUUCGAACGAUUGCUUGCGGUGAAGCAGCUGCGUGUAACGAUGACCGAUACCCAACGAUCAUUUGUCAAGAUGGAUUUGAUCUAGUCGAUGGUCAAUGUGUCCCUUCUUCACCUCAACCGUCCGACCCACCGGUUAUCGUCGAUCCAAAUGAGAACAAUCCGUUUUGCAAUGUACAACCGGUUUGUGAUUGUCCGAGUGGUGGUGUUUGGAGUGACUGGCAGAACACAUCCACGUGUCCUCUAAUGCCAUCUUUCAGUCGCACGUAUUCUAAUCUUUCUUUUGAGGAAGCCACAUCAUCUCCGCUUGGUUGUGGCUCAUGUCAAGUGCAACUUCAAGAAAGAACAUGUCUCUCAGAACCGCUCGGAUGUCCUUGCACCGAAUCGUCAUGGCGUUGGCGUCGAUGCAAUCCAACAAUCUGCGUUUUUCCUUUGCAAACUUGUUGUGACGAUGUUGAUGGAAUCAAGAGAACGCUUGUCAUAGCUCAAAAAGUCUACCUUUGUUUGCCAACUCCUUCGAAUCUUUGGAAUGAUACAUCAAGCUCAACGGAUCUCUCAUCGAUCACUGAUUGCAGUACUACAUCUACUACGUCUACUACAAUCGCCACAACAACUACAACUACAACAACGACAACGACAACAACGACAACGACAACGACUACAACAACAACGACUACAACAACGGCAACAACAACGACUACAACAACGACAACAACGAAAACAACAACGAGGACAACAACGACGACAACAACGACAAAACCAACCAUCAAAACUACAACAAAACCAACCAUAAAAACCACUACAAAACCAACCACAAAAACCACUACAAAACCAACAACCACAACUAGAACCACCACCACAACUACCACAAAACCCACUACCAGAACUACAACAACAACUCGAAAAACUACGACAAAAACCACAAUGAAAGCAACGACAAGAACGACCACCCGACCAACAACAACAAAAAAACUUCCCGAUUGUUCGUGCACACAAGCCAUCCAAUCUUUUCCACCCAAGCCUGUUCCGACAUUUCCACAGGGAGUAAGUGGUACGUGCUCGCCGACAUCUUACAUAUGGUGGUGUCGACCAUUGAAUGCAAUACAAAAUGCCAGCUAUAUGACCAGCGCUAUUUACGAUGAUCAUGGAAAUAUACUCGCAAAGAAGACUUACUGCGGAAGCAAAUGGCAACAGAACAUUAUCUAUGGAGCGUGUAACACAACGCCAUCACCUCGAACCACAAUAAACCUUGCAAAGUACAAUGGUGCUCGUGUGGCCUACCAAACUUGUAUCAGUAACGGUCUAAACUUGCAAUGUUUGAUUGGA